AUGGAUUGGAAGUUUCUCCAGGGUCUUCUCAGUGGAGUCAACAAGUACUCCACUGCCUUCGGACGUAUCUGGCUAUCAGUGGUCUUCGUCUUCCGGGUGUUGGUCUUCGUGGUGGCCGCCGAACGGGUCUGGAGCGACGACCAGGGACACUUCGACUGCAACACCCGCCAGCCGGGUUGCACCAACAUCUGCUACGAUUACUACUUCCCCGUUUCCCCCAUUCGCCUGUGGGCUCUCCAGCUAAUCUUCGUCACCUGCCCCUCCUUCAUGGUGGUUCUGCAUGUGGCCUACAGGGAAGAGCGGGAACGCAAGUACCGAGUCAAGCACGGUGAGAAUACUCGACUGUACGACAACACAGGCCAAAAGCAUGGCGGCCUAUGGUGGACUUAUCUGAUGAGCCUCUUCAUCAAGACCACCUUUGAGGUCACCUUUCUCUACUUGCUCCACUACAUCUACGACAGCUUCAAGCUGCCCAGGAAGGUCCAAUGUGAUGUCAAGCCCUGUCCGAAUAUGGUGGACUGCUACAUAUCCCGACCCACUGAGAAGACCGUUUUCACCUACUUUAUGGUGGGGGCGUCCGUCAUAUGUGUGGUGCUCAACAUCUGUGAGAUUUUCUAUCUGAUUGCUUCCCGUAUGGUGAAUCUCAAACAUCGAGGCAGCGUACAUACCUCGUCUAAAAGAGUCUGCCCUGACAUGGACUGUGAUGGCUGCAAGUCAUCUCUUACAUCAUAA